AUGUCUUUUAAUGAAGAAAUUUUGAAACAAUAUCUAAAUGAAUCAGGGACAACUACUGAAAUUAAAGAUGAGUUCAUAUAUAUAAUUCUGGCAUCAUUUUGCAAAAUAAUGAGACAAUUAAAUGAUCUAGGUAGGUUUACUGAAGGCAUGCUUGGAAAAUUUGAUAAAGAGAUUCAUGAGCUCUCUUUUAAACUUAAGAUUUUACAAGAAAAUAUAAUUCAGUUAGCUAAUGUUAUUCCCAAAAUUUCAAAUGACAUGUUAUCUAUGCAACUUUGGAAAUCGAGAAAGACUUUUUCAAAGGAAACUAUUGAAACACAGCAAGUAUACUCAUAUACAUCAUUACCCAUUAAAAUCUUUGAAAGAAACAAUGGUAAGAUACCAAUACCACUUCUUACAGUGCCCAAGUAUUACCAAAAUGACUUGGAAGACUCAAGUUCUUCCAAUGGUCCCUUUUACCCAUGCUUAUAUUGUUCAAAACUUUUAAAAAAUUGUAUAUCUAUUAAUAAAGGACAUAAAAGUGAGAGGAAACACAUACUAAACCAAAAUAUCAACCAUGCUGGUGAUUCCAAAAAUGUGCUACAAUGUCAACUCUUGAAAAACCAUAUCCAUGUGGAUCACAUUCCAACCUGUGGUAGUGAGGAAUUUCAUUCAUACUUAGAUCAAUAUGAUGGUGGAUCUUCCUUGUAUAUUUUCCCAGCAAAUAGAAACAAGUAUCAAGGAAGAUCUGCAUUGAACAUCUUACCUGGUGAGCAAGAAAAGCUCCACUACAGUAUUGAGCACAUGAGCAAUUCACAUCCUCGUGUCCUUUAUGGAACUGGUAAGGGGGAUGUCAUGCUUAGCCGACGACGACCAGAUUUGAGUCACUAUAAAUCCAAUGUGUUUGUCAACCCACUGGCACCAGAAGAACCACCAUUGCCAUCUGAUUGGCUCACCCAACUUCUCAGUUCUAAAAGACCAUCUUCUCGUAGAGGUCUAAGCUCAAUAAGAUCAAGAGGAACAUCUUCCUUGUUUGUUUUGGGAAGAACUACAAAAUUGCCAUCUGCUUGCUUGAAGAGCAAUCCUCACAAAGAUCUAACAAUGUCACCUGAAGUUAAGUUCACUGCAGCAUCAGAAUCACUUGAAUGUUAUGAACUACAUAAACGAGAUGAUCUAAAUCCACAGAAUCUGGAUCAGAAGAUCCCUCUACUUUUAUAUCCUUCAGUAAUUCCAGUAAGAAAUAACUCAUGGGAUUCAGUUGUGGAUCUUAUUGACUCUUCUUUAGUUGUGAAAGCACAACCCAUAAAGUCGUCUUUUCCAAAGUUACCAAGAUUUUCAUCAAAAUCAAAAUCUGUACAUGGAUCACUACUACAAAGUCCAGUUGCAAAUACAUCGAGGACUUUUAGUGCCCAAUUACCAAGAUCUUACAGGGUACCUCAUUAUUCUUUUUCAGUACCUGCCUCACUGAGUCCCAAACCACAAAUAUCUUUAAAUCCAUUACCAAAGCGUUCUGUGAGUCAAUUAACAAAACUUAUUGAUGCUCAGGCAAGAUUACCCGUGACAUAUUCAAAAAGACAUUUACAUCCACCACAAGCAAAACUAUCAAGUUUCACCUCAACAAGAGUUUCCAGUCUACACUCAUCAUUGUCUUCUAUGAGAUCUAUUUCAAGCCAUAGAGUUCUAGGAAUAAGGCACUAUCCAAUAGGGUCAGCAUAUGCCGCUAUCAUGCAACACCCUUCAAUCCUGCCAAUAAUGACCAAAGCAAGAAAAUCAUUGAUGGAAGCAAUAAGAAAAGGGAUUAAACUUCGCAAAACUCGACCAAGAGCUGAAUGUGAGGAUCCUGAAAAUGAAGCAGAAAGGAUCCGGUUCCGUCGUAAAGCAAUGGGAUAUCAUUCAGGAAAAUCAGAUAGCGAGACUGAAUAG